AUGUAUCUGCACAAGGAGGAGUUGGGGAUGGAGAAGGAUUCAGGAAAAAGUGAUGCAGGCAAUCAGUCAAACUCCUCCACUCCCACCAUUUCACCAAACACAAAUAUCACUGAAGGUACCACAGAAAUCCCAUGUCAGUACAGCCUAAUGAAGAGUGUGAACAAAACCAAAGCUCAUGUGGUGAAUAUCAACGGCUCUAAGGACCAAAUUUACAUAAUCAAGAUAAAGGAUAAGCACAAUGAGAUCCGUGCUGAGCAAAUAUCUAACCGAACUGCCUUUAAAAUUCCAUUUGAAUGGUUAAAACCAUGCACUGUGUACACCGUCAGUGUGGAUGACUGUAAACACAGUGGAAGCAACACCUUCACUUCCAGUGAAAAUGGAGAAACUGUUCCGAAUACUGUUGUGACAAGCGUGACAGAUAAUAAAGUGUGUUUGAAAGGAAUAUUUAAUGAUAAUCAGAAAUGGGAUCUGACUGAAUGUGUUGAAAUAACGGAGCAAAACUCUUGCGCAUCCACACACACCGUUGUACUGGACACAUGUACCUACACAAUGAAUGUUGCUCUGCCCCCAGUCAAGCCUGACAUAAACUUCAAAGAAACUAUUCCCUCUCAGUUUGAAUGGAUGAAUAAACCAGCACGAUGUAAUGCUACGCUUAUCAUCAGUUGCACCAAUAAUGAGAACGAAAACAGCGUAAUUUAUGGUUUAAACACCCCAGUGUCAUUAUUACCCUACAAACCGUACACCUGCACCGGAGAAUAUCCUUACGAGAAACAACCCAUCAAGAGUAAUGAGCUCUCCAUUCAAAUAAAUUGCGGGCCAUAUGAUGCUGCUUAA